GUUAGGUUAGUGAUAUAUAUACGUCUAGCGUAUGCUUACAUGUGUGCGUGGCUGCGCCCACCACGACACCUAUCCGUCAAUAAACCAGUGCAUAACUAGCUACCGGUUGUUUCACUUGUGCCCAUAUCUACGUAUCCAACAGUGGCGACGAAUACCCACAUUUAAGCAAAAAGUAACAUGGCGACUGGAUUAUUUGGAAUUUUGACCAGUUUUGACCACAAUGGACAGGAAUGGAAGACAUACAAAAACCGCCUGACACAGUGGUUUGUGGCAAAUGAUAUCACCGAUGCGACAGACGCGACUGGAACAAAGCGGAGAGCUAUAUUGCUAAGUGCACUCACGGAGGGUACGUACAGACUCGCUGCAGAUUUGGUUUUGCCAAAGGAUGUACAAACGGUGCCCUACGAUGAUAUCAUAAAGAGUUUGGAUACCCAUUUCAACCCUAAACGAGUUGGGUUCAGCGAGAGGCAUAAUUUCUACGCAGCGGUACAGCGUGAAGGCGAAACUCACUCCCAGUGGGCCGCGAGACUUCGUGGUCUGACGUCGCUUUGUGCCUUCAAUAAUGUGGAAGAAACGCUACUCGAUCGCUUUAUUAUGGGAAUGAGGGCUUGUUACGAAAAAGAAAAGCUUUACGCGCAAGAUUUGGCUGGCCUUACGCUUGGCAAAGCUGUGCAGUAUGCCGAAAAUGUUAGCACCGCGCGCGCAGCUGCCGCCGCCAGCGCGAGCGGAGCUGGCGCAUCUACCGCGGGUGCCGCGGCGCUGGACCCGCUAUUAAAAAUUUCGCGCAGUGCUAGUGCCAAGGGACCGGCCGCUACAAAGAGUAGCCGUGUAGGGAAGCCUAAGUGUACCAUAUGCGGGUAUACCAAUCACAAAACCGCGGAGUGUCAGUAUAGUGAUUAUGUGUGUAAAAAGUGUAACGUUAAAGGUCAUCUACGUAGGAUGUGUCCAUCCAAAGUGAACUACGUAGACAAUGGAGCCGGAGACGAGGACUUCGGAGACGAUGUGCUCACAGGAUAAUAAUAAUGUAACUAACCGGAAACAAUUCGCAAUUGGCACCUUUGUACUCUAUACAAAAAAUGUAAACAAUAACAAAAUUACGUGGGGUAAAGGAA